UCCGGAGAAAUGUGUUUCCUACAUGGAUGCAAUCUAAUAUAAUCAGUUUGGAUUGAUUGCAGUCUUUGCGUCUCAAAAUGAAUAUUGCAAGAGAUGAUGAACUUGCUGGGCUUCAUGUUUUUGACUCGUCACUCUUGCAGAAACAGCCAAAUUUGCCGACUCAAUACAUUUGGCCGAAUGGUGAUUUAGUGCCCAACCAGGACGAGCUGAAUGAAACCUUGAUAGAUUUGAACGGCUUCUUUAAAGGUGACAAGAUGGAAACUGCCCAUGCAGCUCAGCUUCUUAGAGCUGCUUGCUUAAACCAUGGCUUCUUUCAGGUCACCAACCACGGAGUUGAUCCUUCCCUUAUUCGAGCUGCGCAUCAAGAAAUUGAUACAAUCUUCAACCUCCCUCUACAUAAGAAGCUCAGCCUUCGGAGGCAAUCCGGCGGCCUAUAUGGUUAUUCCGGUGCUCAUGCUGAUCGGUUUUCUUCCAAGUUGCCCUGGAAGGAAACGUUCACAUUUGGGUACCAUGAGAAUGAUUCUCACCCGAUUGUUGUUGAUUACUUCAAAAACUUCUUGGGGGAAGAUUUUCAACCAACUGGGUGGGUUUAUCAAAGGUACUGCGAAGAGAUGAGGAGAUUAUCUCUAGUAAUUUUGGAGCUAUUGGAAGUCAGCCUGGGAGUUGAACGUUUUCACUACAGGAAAUUUUUUGAAGGUGGAAGCUCAAUAAUGAGAUGUAACUUGUACCCACCUUGCAAUAGUCCAGGGCUAACACUUGGAACUGGUCCUCAUUGUGACCCAACUUCAUUAACAAUUCUUCACCAAGAUGAAGUUGGUGGCCUUCAAGUGUUUGCUGAUAACAAAUGGCAGGCAAUACGACCUCGUCCUGAUGCGUUUGUGAUUAACAUUGGAGAUACCUUCAUGGCAUUAUCCAAUGGGAAAUACAAGAGUUGCAUGCAUAGAGCAGUUGUGAAUAGAGAGAGAGAAAGAAGAUCAUUGGUUUUCUUUGUGUGUCCAAAAGAAGACAAAGUAGUGAGACCACCACAAGAUCUUGUUCGCAGAGAAGGGACAAGAAAGUACCCAGAUUUCACAUGGUCUGAUUUAUUGGACUUCACACAAAACCACUACAGAGCUGAUGUUGCUACCCUCCAAAGCUUCUUCCAAUGGCUUCUAUCUUCUAAAUCCUUCUAACUUUUAGUUUCUCUGUUUUUUCCUUACAAUUAGUAGCCGUGUUAAAACUCGAGAAUACUCGGACCGAAAGACUAUUCUAGUAAUGUUGUUUCUUUAAUUUCAAUCUUAUGAAGAAUCUCCAUUUCAUGC